AUGGAAAUUUCCGAAAAUGUAGAAGUUGGUAAAUUGAUUGGUCGUGGAGGACGUAACAUAAAACCCAUUGAAAGAGGGACUGGUACAUGCAUUUACAUUAAUACAAAAGUAAAUCCUCGACAAAUUGAAAUUAAAAUAAAUAAAGAAUAUAAAUUUAAAGAUGAAAAUAUUUCGCUUUGGGAAUGGAUCAAUAAAGCGAUAUGUCAAAUAGACAAUUUACUAGAAGAUAUUGAAGUAAGAAAUCGAAAAAAAGAUAUAGAAAAAGAGAAAAAUAAUAGUAGAAUUUCAGAUAAUGGUAUUCAUCAACAUGCAACAUCAAGAAACCAUAAAAAACGAAGAAUGCCGCAUACGAAAUCAAACACAGUUGGGCAAAAACAUCAAGCACAGACGGACAAAAAUAUCAAGCACAGAUGGAUAAAAUCAUUAAGCACGGACGGAUAA